AUGAUGGCACAGAGUUUUCUCUGUGUGAUGAGUCUGCAGACAGGGGCCUCUCUCAUAACGCUGUCGUUGCUCCUCAACAAGAUUAGCGGACUGUACGGUUUGCUUGCUUUGUUGACUGGCUACCAUCUGUCCCCGGUUCAGCUGUCUAUGUACAUCUACUCGCUUGCUGCCCUCGGCCUCACGGUGUUUCUCUUUCCACAUAUCCGAAAGCAGUCGCCAUUGCAGUGUUUGGGUCUCGCUUGGUUCUAUCUCCUAGAUACGGUCAUCAAUGCCGCCUACACCGCUGCGUUUGGGGUAUCAUGGUUCCUUGUCGUCUCACAGCACUAUCACAAUGCGCCUACCUCUGGAUUCGGCACCGAUACCAUCGGCGAGACUGCAGGAUUCACCAGUCCGAAGUACAAUGUAUCUUCUGUGCAGUUCUCUGGAAACGUCCUCUCUGAUGGGGAAGACACCGUCGUUGCUGCUUACCCGGCCAGUGCCCCCGCCGGAAGCUCUGGCGGAAGGGCUGAUGGAACACCCACCUUAGGCAAUGGUGUGAUGCAACCAGAGAGCUUUGAGAGCAUUGUCAUGAUUGCGGCUCUGUGGCUUGUGCGGGUAUAUUUCGUUCUCGUCAUGUUUGCAUUUGCCAGGCAGGCUCUACGCCAGCAAUUGUUGAAUGCUUCACAACCGCGUUAUAAUAAACUGCCCACCCACAGCCGAAACACAUCCAUUGCUAGUGCUGCUGAUAUCGACCGUGACCCAUUCCUCCCCCACACCCCUGAGGGCCAGGGCUGGCAGGGGGUGCUUGGUCGAGCCAUGACCAGCGUCUUCCGUGAUUACUGGCUUGGUCCAGAUUCAGCGGAGGAGGAAGAUUUCAGUUGGAUGAACGGAUUCGGUCGGAGAUUCCGCAAGCGCAGCAAUCUAUCCCUCUCUGGGCCAGCUGAGAGGGAAAGACGACGCCGGUCCGGCACCGGUCCUCCACAGCCUUCCCAGGCGGCUCUUCAAGCCGCUUCAUUGCAGCAACCAGCCUACAGUCAAGAGCCCGGGAUGAAUGUGAAACUCCAGGACUUGAGUGAGAGCAGAUAA